CUUCAGCUGCUUUCCCUUGAGUGGGCCUGAAUGAAGACAAAUGUGAAGAUGGCAUGUCCAAGGAAUUUUAAAAGGUGUAGACCUCCUGACUGAGCAGUGCUGUGUAUUUAUUCUCUUUAAUUAGUAAACUGCUGUUCUCUCACAGGUGAAAGUCAUGAUCACGCUAACAGAACUCAAAUACUUAGCAGAUGCCCAGUCAUCCUACCACAUACUAAAACCAUGGUGGGAUGUCUUCUGGUAUUACCUCACCAUGAUAAUGCUGCUAGUUGCUGUGCUCGCUGGGGCUCUCCAGCUUACUCAAACCAGAGUAUUGUGUUGUCUUCCUUGCAAGCUAGAAUUUGACAAUCACUGUGCCGUGCCUUGGGAUUUAGUGAAAGCCAACCUUAACAUGUCAGCUAGCUCUGCAGCACAGAUAAUCAUCCCGCUUAAAAUCCAGAACGAUCUCCAUCGGCAGCAGUAUUCCUAUAUUGAUGCAGUAUGUUAUGAGAGAGAGCUUCACUGGUUUGCCAAAUUUUUUCCAUACCUAGUGCUUUUGCAUACCUUUAUUUUUGCAGCUUGCAGUAAUUUCUGGCUUUACUACCCUAGCACAAGUUCCAGGCUUGAGCACUUUGUAGCCAUUCUUCAGAAGUGUUUUGAUUCUCCAUGGACAACACGUGCCCUCUCAGAAACAGUUGCCGAGCAGUCUGUGAGGAAGUUGCCAAUAGCCAAAUCAAAAGCAGCAAUUUCACCACCUGGGAGUUCAGUAGAUAUAGGGGCCAGCAGACAGUCCCUGCCAUAUUCCCAACCCGGCUUGGAAACAACUGGAAGAGAAAAUUCCUCAAGUGUUCUUGACAAAAAAGAAGGGGAACAAGCUAAAGCUAUAUUUGAAAAAGUGAAGAAAUUCAGAGUACAUGUUGAAGAGAAGGAUGUCAUAUAUACAGUGUAUAUGAAACAGAUUAUAGUGAAAGUCGUUGUAUUUGUAAUAAUAGUAAUUUAUGUCCCCUACUAUUUAUCAUUUAUUACACUUGAAAUUGAUUGUGUAGUCAAUGUUCAAGCCUUCACAGGCUACAAAAGGUACCAGUGUGUUUAUUCACUAGCAGAGAUUUUUAAAGUUUUGGCUUCAUUUUAUGUUGUUUUAGUGAUCUUCUAUGGCUUAACUUGUACUUACAGUUUGUGGUGGAUGUUAAGAAGUUCACUUAAGCAAUACUCUUUUGAAAAGCUGAGAGAGAAAAGUAAUUACAGUGAUAUACCUGAUGUAAAGAAUGACUUUGCAUUUAUUCUCCACUUGGCAGAUCAGUAUGAUCCUCUUUAUUCCCAACGAUUCUCAAUAUUCCUGUCUGAUUUGAGUGAAAACAAACUGAAACAGAUCAAUCUUAACAAUGAAUGGUCAGUGGAAAAACUGAAAAAUAAACUAGUAAGAAAUUCCCAGGACAAGAUUGAACUCCACCUUUUCAUGUUAAAUGGUCUUCCAGACAGUGUCUUUGAACUGACAGAAAUUGAAGUUCUAAGCCUGGAACUUAUUCCUGAAGCCAAACUUCCUUCAGCUGUGACCCAGCUAGUCAACCUCAAGGAACUCAAUGUCUAUCACUCAUCACUAACUAUGGAUUAUCCAGCAGUCAGUUUUUUAGAAGAGAAUCUGAAAACAUUGCGCCUGAAAUCUAGCGAGAUGGGAAGAAUUCCAUUUUGGGUCUUUCAUUUAAAAAACCUGCAGGAAUUGUGCUUAACAGGAUAUUUCAUGCUAGAUCAUCACAACUCCAUAUAUAACGAAAGUUUUCAGGGGCUAAAAAAUCUGAGAUCCAUUCACUUAAAGAACAACCUUUCCCGUAUACCUCAAGUGGUUACAGAUCUUAUGCCUUCUUUACAACACUUGUCUAUCAACAAUGAGGGGAACAAACUGAUAGUGCUAAAUAACCUGAAGAAGCUGGUCAACCUGAGAACCUUGGAAUUAAUCUGCUGUGACUUAGAGCGCAUUCCCCAUUCCAUUUUUACCCUCAACAAUUUGCAUGAAAUUGACUUAAAAGAAAAUAACCUCAGAACAGUGGAAGAAAUAAUUAGUUUUCAACAUCUUAAGAACCUCUCUUGCUUGAAGUUGUGGCACAACAGUAUUUCCUAUGUCCCGGUGCAGAUUGGUGCAUUGUUGAACCUGGAACAACUGUAUCUAAAUUAUAAUAAUAUUAAAAGUGUUCCAUUGCAGCUCUUUCUUUGUAAAAAAUUACACUAUUUGGAUCUUAGCUAUAAUAAGCUAACCUCCAUCCCUGAAGAAAUUGGUUAUCUGACCAAUCUGCAGUACUUGGCUUUGACAAAAAACCAUAUUGAAAUGCUGCCUGAUGGAUUAUUUCAGUGCAAAAAGCUGCAGUUUCUUCUUCUGGGAAAUAACAGUCUGAUGAAUUUGUCCCCUUGUGUGGGUCAGCUACUGAAUCUUGUUCAAUUAGAGCUCAUUGGAAACUAUCUCGAAUCACUUCCUGCUG